CCCUCCUGGGCUUCUGGCUGCCCUUUGAUCUCAUACCAGUCAGGUCUCUCUGCCAAGAAAGCAGCAGUGACCAAUAUGGCACUGUGUUACAGGGGGAAAUACUAUUAUUCUUUCAGUGCGUGGCUUUCUCCCACCCUUCCUUGGUCCUUUACUUAACAGCAAUUGCAUGCUCUGAGAUUAAAGAGUGUAGAAAUAGGUCAGCACUGCAACUGGUAGCAUUUCAUAGCCAAGAACAACAGAAGUGGAAUUUCUUCUAGCUUCCUUUCUGUUUUGUUCCUCAGUCCUAUGAACUAUGCAUCCUUAAGAUGUCCUUUAAUGGACAUUUUUUUCCCAUAGAUUCAUAUAGGUCUGCAGUAUGGCACGAGUAGAAAGGGGUGAAGGAACAUGUGAAGGCCCUGGAGAUGUUACAGCCUGCUUGAUGUGCGUUGGAGUCUGUUAUCUAUGCAGCUCAGGUGCUCUGUUGGCAGAAACAAACUUGUAUGUAAUUGCUCUUCUGCUGAGCUUCUGUGCAAAACAGACUUUUUUUUUUUUUUUAGGGUGGUUUGGACUAGAUUGGCUGGCAUGAUGAAUACAAGAGGUACAUACCUGUUCGCUCAUGUGGCAGGAGGGGAUACAUAAGCAGGAACCUGGAUAGUGCCUCUCUUUCAGAAUGAUGGCAUGCAAACACAUCCAGUGUUCCAGCGCAGAGGUGGUAACAGGAACGUAAUGGGCCAAAAUGACAGUUAUCCUCUAGCUGAAUUAGUGUAUUUCAGGCUUCCCUGGUGCAGUGAACUGGAAGACCAUACCUAUAUGUGUGCCUGAGUGAAUGCUGGCGGUGAAAAAUUGAUUUGAUGAUAAUGUGUAAUACUCUGUUGAAGGCUGAGAAGAUUGAGAAUGGUGAAAGAGCAGCCUGCCUGAAUGGCAUGGCCAAGAGCAGGUUCACACAGACAGCUCUGUACCACUUGGGUAGGUAAGCUAAGCAGCUGUGCGUUGUGCAAAAACUUGACUUCCACUGAAAUCAUCCUGCAGCAAGCUACAAAGCAAAAUAACAUGGUGACACAACUCACUGCAAUUGCAAUAGGUUUGUCAAAGUGGCGAUUUCCUUGCCCAGGGCUGCGCUACCAGGGGGAGACGCACACAUCUAAGAGCUCCUUCAUGAGGUUUUGUGCUUCUGUGGGACUGGAAAGUCUUAGAGGUAAGCCAGUUCACUCUGGUGUCUGUGACUGCACAAGGGAUCCUGGGACAUUUGAUACCAGGAGUUUUUUGCCUUUUUUUUUUUAGAGGGGGACAGCAUAGGCACUGGUCAAAGGGAAGUGGCACGCCUUUUCAUGUAGAGAAAGAAGUGUUAAAGUGGAAAAAUUCCAGCAAAUGGGAACUUGAAAUAAAAUGUUUUUUUUUUUAAAGUUCCAACAUAGCUUUCUUUCUCCUCCCAUGUGUUUUACUCAAGCUAUCUCUGUGCAGCCAAAUAACAUCACUGUCUAGGGCAUUACUGGCUUUGUAGCUCAUUACUUCACUUAGAUUUGAGUGGUGACAUCUGAAAACUUCCACAGUGGAUAUAAAAAAGUCAGUAACUUGAAUCAGAUCAUCAAGCUCAUCUUACUUUUAGAGAGAAGUCAGCAGAUACACAGCGGGGUGAAAGUCUUUCUCUCAGCUAGAUAACUUCAAAUGGCGCAGGAAGAGGGGAGGAAGUGUUGAAAUGGUAACACCUCGUGUAAUGGAAAACUAUAUGGUAAAUCUCUUGAUUGUGCUAAGUAUUUUGUUAUGGCUGCGUUUCGUAAUUUUUAUUUUGUAAUUGGAAGACUGUACCUCUGUUUCUGCCUGUUCUUGAGGUGACCGGUGUUUGCACUCAAGUGGGAUAGCUAUAAAACUCUUUACAGUUUGCAGAAUGAGCCUUGCGAACGAGACUGAAUGCUUUGAGAAGAAAAUAUGCUUGAAAUAGUACGCAAGCAUUUUCAGUCUCUGUUGUAAUGAAUGACUUUUUUUUUUCUUUUAAGUGGUAGCAGUAUUUAAAGAUGCCUUCCUUGACAAAACUGUGGUAGAGUUAUGCUGUAAAAGUAAGUUAGGCUUUGCGUAUUUUGGAUUUAGUGCAACUGAGCAAUUAAAUGACUUAAUAACUCCAUAUGUUUCACAUUAUAACAACACCAUGUAGACAGUUUGUCAGUGAGACAGGUAAACACCAUAUCUGAAAGCUUUUUAGCCAUGCUUAAGGAGUUUGGGGCCCAAGCCAUUGAAAAAAGAAAAAAGAAUCUCAAAGCUGGAUCAGAAUGUUCUUUAUUUAAAAAAAUAAAUAAAUAAAAGUUUCAAAGUAUUUGUUUCAGUUAGGCAUAAAGGCUGCCUUUGAAUUAAAUUGAAAAGCUCCUUCUGUAUUAAGUUUUUAGCAGCACUUCUAAAUCACAGAAACUAUUACAAUUUUACUGUUGAAAGAUGCCUAGCUGAGUUUAAAAGCAUGUGGUGAAAGAAGGUUGUUCCACAGUGCUCAUAAAGCAGUGGGCAGUGAAGUCUGAGAGCAAGGGAUUAGGUAUGGGAAACAGCUUCUCAAAGAGAAUGGUGGAAAUCAAUUUGCUGCAACAAACAGGUGCAAGGAACGCUGCUGGAGAAUUUGGCAUAAGUUUUGCUCUGGGCUGGCUACUCCAGUUAAUGUUUCAGUGCCUUUAUUGUCAUUUUGCAUACAUCUGGCAGUGCAUUGUCUCCCCUGAAAGGGUAAUCCAGCCUGUUCAAUAAUAACAACUCUCUUGCCUUGAAACAGGGUAGUGUCAGAUUUUACAGCAUGUGAGACAAAAGGCUCCUUUGGUACGUUUCAGAAGAUUGCAGUUGUAGCGUUCCUCCUUCACCAGUGUGCCUGGCACUUGAGAGCAUGGCUCAGACUUCCCUUUGUAAAUGAAAGAGAGGAUCUUUAUGCAUUUGGAGGUUUUUGUUUUCAUUAUUGGUAGUUCUUAUUUUCAUAAUUCGUUUUGCAAUUUAAUGCAUCGAGCUUACGCUUAAAUCCCCUUCAGGAUUUGGUUUCGAAGGUUGGGUUUCAGUGAAUUGAAACUUAAGCAACCUUGUCAAGAAAUUCUCUAUCCCUAAGAAAUGUUAAUUAAAAAUCAAGCUAGCUUUGUGAAUACUCCUUGCCGUGCAACAGAUUUGACCAGAGAGCUUAAGAAAGCAGUUGUAUGCAGUUUUGGAUCCCUUAAAGCAAGCAGAAAAGUGCAGCAGUUUAGGACUGUUGGCUGGAGCAGGUUGGGAAGGAAUGUUUUCUUGUGGCUUUUCUUGCUGGCUGCUUCAGGAAAAGAUAGAAACAACACAAGUAACUGGAAUGAAAGUGCUCAGUUCUUGGUGGUAGGUAGAGAACCCCGGAGCAGUCGCGCUGCUUUGAGUCUUUAUGCCUAACACCAGACAUCUCAGCUUUGUGGAAUGAGAUACAGAUGACUUUGCUACAGGAUCGAUCCCAACACACCUUUACGGUGACUUUGUAACAUGCAAGACACUGAUGCCAGGGGGAGUUCCCCUGCUUUCCUUCCGCCUCAGAAUGGGAGCAGUCACAGGUCUUCUGGGUAUGUCCCGGGGAGAAUUGCCCCUCUUCGUCCCCCACCACCUUCACAAAGCCACGUGUCAGCUGAAUUUACCUCUGCGAGACAAGAAGCCCGGGCCAUGUUCGCAUCCUCACCACCAGGACAGCACCGCCGCCACGCAGAAGCCAACAGACAUAAAAAUACUCUCAUUUGCUUUGCUGUUUCUAGCUUUUCACUUUUUGUUGCACUGGGGAUUUUUAUGGGAAUAGCUUCAAAAUAUGCUCCAGAUGAGAAUUGCCCUGAUCAGAAUCCUCGUCUGAAAAACUGGAGCCCUGGGAAAGAUCCUGAAAAGAAGGUUCUCAUCAAAAAGGGAGAUUUGUUUCGUCUGAACUCAGAUGCUACAGUACAUUCUAUAACCAUACAGGAUGGAGGAUUACUUGUUUUUGGUGAUGAUAAAGAUGGUUCUAAAAAUAUUACUUUGAGAACUCGUUUUAUCCUGAUAAAGGAUGGUGGAAUGCUUCAUGUUGGAGCAGAGAAAUGCCGCUAUAAAUCCAAAGCAACUAUUAUUUUGUAUGGGAAGUCAAAUGAAGAUGCUGAUGUGCCAGAAUUUGGCAAAAAAUUUAUUGGUGUGGGCCCUGAAGGAACGCUGGAAUUGCAUGGGCAUCAAAAGCUGUCAUGGACUCUCCUGUCAAAGUCUGUGAAUUUCUCAGGGCUGGCCUGUGGUCAUUAUGCGUUUAAAAAGAAUUUUUCCCGAGGACUAAAUGUGAGAGUGAUUGAUCAGGACACGGCGAGCGUUUUGGAAGUGCUGAAGUUUGAUACUCACGAGUUUUCAGAAGAAAGCUUGAAACUCCAGAACUUACUGAAAAAUAGAAGUCCUGGUCGCAUUAUCGCUAUUGCUGUAGGAGAUUCAGCUGCUAAAAACCUACUGGAAGAAACUAGAGUGACUAUCCAGAAUCUUCUGGGAAGUAAGUUUGUCAGAGGAUUGAGUUACAGGCAAGCCUGGGCUUUAGUUGGUGUUAUAGGUGGUGGGAAUUCUUCCUGCAACGAAUCAGUGCGAGACUAUGAAAAUCACAGCACCGGUGGGAAAGCUCUUGCUCAGAAAGAAUUCUUCACAGUGGAUGGCCAGAAGUUUGUUGUGAGAGCUUUCAGUGAAUGGAACGAUGGUGUCCCAAUUUCAGGCUUCCAGGUAGAACCUGUUGGUGGGGUGAUACUGAAUCUUCUGGAUGAUGUUAGUAGUUGGGAGCCUGGAGACCGAAUUGUGGUUGCAAGCACAGACUAUUCAAUGUAUCAGACAGAGGAGUUCACCGUCCUUCCCUGCCCAGAGUGUACCAAGCACCAGGUCAAAGUCAAAGAAAAACCUCAGUAUCCCCAUGUGGGAGAAGUUAUUGAUGGAGUGGACAUGAGGGCAGAAGUUGGAGUUCUCACAAGGAACAUCUUAAUCAAGGGAGAGACAGAAAAUACCUGCUAUCGUGAAAAGGAGUGUCAGUUUUUCAACUAUGACACAUUUGGUGGACAUAUCAAGAUUUUGAAGAAUUUUACAUCUGUUCAUCUCUCCUAUGUGGAACUAAAGCAAAUGGGCCAGCAGCAGAUAGGAAGUUACCCUGUUCACUUUCACCUUUGUGGGGAUGUGGAUGAAAAAGGAGGUUAUAGUUCUAAGACUUACCUUGAUGGUCUUUCCAUUCAUCACUGUUUCUCCAGAUGUGUGACUAUUCAUGCUACUAAUGGCUUGCUGAUAAAGGACACCAUUGGCUAUGACACACUUGGUCACUGUUUCUUCAUAGAGGAUGGCAUUGAGCAGAGGAAUACUCUCUUCCACAACCUUGGACUAGUCACGAAACCAGGCACUAUUCUUCCUACAGAUAGAAACAGCACCAUGUGUACUGGCAUAAGGGAUAAAGUAUAUGGAAGUUAUGUUCCUGUGCCAGCCACAGACUGCAUGGCAGUUUCAACGUUCUGGAUUUCUCAUCCCAACAAUCAUCUUAUAAGUAAUGCAGCAGCAGGUUCACAGGAUGCUGGAAUAUGGUAUUUGUUCCACAAGAUUGCUACAGGAGAUUCUCAUAGUUUAGGCAUUGAAACAAAGUCAGAGCUCACACCCCUAGGAAUCUUCUAUAACAACAGGGUUCAUUCUAAUUUUAAGGCUGGUUUAUUCAUUGAUAAGGGUGUUAAAACAACUAAUGCUAGUGCUGAUGAUCCCAGAGAAUAUCUUUGUUUGGACAACAAUGCAAGGUUUCGUCCUCAUCAAGAUGCAGACCCUGAGAAACCCCGAGUUGCUGCCCUGAUUGAUGGAUUAAUCUCUUUCAAAAACAAUGAUCAUGGUGCUUGGGUCAGGGGAGGAGAUAUCCUCAUUCAGAACUCUGGGUUUGCAGACAAUGGAAUUGGUUUGACGUUUGCCAGUGAUGGGAGCUUCCCAAAUGAUGAAGGGGCCAGCCAAGUGGUAUCCGAAUCUCUGUUCAUAGGGGAGAGCAAGAAUUACGGGUUUCAUGGUGGUCAAAAUAAAUAUACAGGAUCUGGAGGAAUAGACAAUAAGGUGCGCACUCUACCUAGAAAUCGGACAUUUCCAAUUAGAGGUUUUCAAAUUUAUGAUGGGCCUAUUCACCUUACUAAGUGCACGUUCAGGAACUUUGUGCCAACUCCAGACAGAUUUACCAGUGCAAUUGGUUUCUUGAUGAAAAAUCCUUGGCAGAUGACACCAAGAAACAACAUUUCUCUUGUGAAGUUUGGUCCAAAUGUUUCUCUGAAAGCCUUCUUUGGAAAACCUGGUCCCUGGUUUGAAGAAGUAGAUCUGGAUGGUGACAAGAACUCAAUAUUCCAUGAUCUAGAUGGUUCAGUGACUGGUUACAAAGAUACAUAUGUGGGCAGAAUGGAUAACUACUUGAUUCAACACCCCAAAUGCAUUAAUAACACAGAAUGGAAUGGAGUGAUAUGCAGUGGGACCUAUGCACAGGUCUAUGUCCAAACGUGGAAUGGACAGAAUCUUUCCAUGACUAUUGUACGAGAUGAGUACCCAUCCAAUCCCAUGGUUCUUAAAGGUAUUAAUCAGAGAGCUGUCUUUCAGCAGUACCAGCCAGUAGUGAUGCUUCAGAAGGGCUACACAAUACAUUGGAAUGGAAAAGCACCAAAUGUCACAUAUCUUUACCUCAUCAACUUCAAUAAGAAUGACUGGAUUCGUGUUGGACUUUGUUAUCAACCUAAUACUGAUUUUACUAUAGUUUUGGAAACCUUUCAAAGGAAGUCAUCUGCUCUGUCAAGCAAGGUAGAACGCUACACACCUGUAUCUUCAAUGCUGGAGCUUGAAAAGAAUCGAUCAGACAAGAAGUUUUAUUUUGACAACAGUACUGGAUUAUUGUUUUUAUUUCUUCAAGCCAAAUACAAUAGGGAUGGUCACAGUUAUUGCUCAUCUCAGGGAUGUGAAAGGAUCAAGAUUGUGACCAAAGAUUCAGCAAAAGGGGUCAGUAACUGCAUGGCAAAAGCUUACCCAAAGUACUACCAAGGACCAGCUGUCAUAAAGCAGAUGCCAGUAAAAACUACUGUACCGUGCACAAAGUGUGGCACAACUCAGAUGGUAUUCACCAGCGAUCCUCACAAAAACUACCUCCUUGUGCAGAUUAAUUUAUCUGGUAAAAAUGAGUUAAGCGGAAGUCAGCAAGCAUUUAUUUCAGUCAAUAACACUAUGUUUUCCUUCAAGGAUAAUGGUAUACUCGUUGUUGUAGUUGAUGCCUGCACUGGCACAGUGUCAGGAAAUCAUUUAUUUUCCGGAGUAGACAUUAAGCGUGUAGGUGGCUAUUUAAUGUCUGGAAUCCCACAAAGGUCUGUAGUUCUACUGAGCACAAGAGGCAAGGUAGAAAUUCCUAAUAACUUAUCAGACGCCUUAAAGUGCUUGGGGACAGCCAAACCGCCUUACCUUCAGAGCAACGGAAGUGUGGCCUUUCUGGGCUUCAGAGGAAACUUUAAGCCAUCCUGGGUUAAGCUGUUUACCAGUCCUUCUGGUCAUGAGCUAAUUCAGAUAGAAAAGUAUAUUCCUUUGCAACUGGAAGAAUAUGGCUGUACCAGAGCGAUCAAGAGUCGACGGAAAGACCUCGACCUUCUGAAGAAGGCUACAAGAUCUCAUUAAAGACUAAGCUGUACAUAAAAACUGGGGGAAGAAAAUGUGAACUAACUUAUUUUUAAUUUAUGGCAUUUUAAACUGUGUUGUUAUCCAAGGAAAUCAUGUUAUUGUCUGACAGACGUUUGCCAUCAUUGACCGCUUGAAUGCCAGUCUGUGCACCUUCUAGUUGUACAAAAUAUGAAAGAAUUUAUUAGUAUUUGUAUAAACAGGUUUCAGAGAUCUUUCAGAUGUUUGUAUUUACUGUAAACAAUUUUUUUUUUCUGUUUAAUACUCCUUUUGUAUUUAAGAAAGUGUUCAUAAAAGCCUUAAAUUUUUGAUAGCCAGUGUUGGAGUGCUAUUUGGAUUACUUGAAAGAUUGACAGUUAAGUCUCUCUAAACAGCUUGAAUUGGUCAUUCUAACUUAGUUUACUUGCAUUUUCCCUCUGCUGAAUACAUGUUUUCCUGAGAGUUUAUUUAUCAGUAAGUUCAUUUACAUUCUCAAAUUACUUUUCCAGGCGUUAAAAAACAAUUCCUCUUGAGCACAACUGCAAGCAUAAGGAGUUUUAACUGCAGUAAAUUUUUGAUUUGCUGUACGAAAGGUGGAGAGGGGGGAUUCGGAGACCUAGCCUGGGGCUGGGUGGGGAUUGUGUACUGUGCAACACAGUUUUAACAAGGCCAUGUGUAGCAGUGUGACAGCAGAAAAUGACUACCAUUCUUCAGGAUCACUGCUUACUACUCGCUCCAACAGGAGUCUGUAAGAGUUACUUCAUCAAUUAAUUUGUCUGUUAAGACUGGGUACAGCUGGACUUUUUCUUUCAAAGCUCUUAAGCAGAAAGGCAGAACUAAGGAACUUCUUGUUCUCAGUUUGUUAUGAAGUGGAGCUUCUGUUCCUCCUGUGAUUAAAGCUAUCACAGCUCUAAAUUUUGAGUGGAAGGUGUGCUCAGUUCAUUCUGUCAUGCUAUCUAUUUUGCCUUAACUUUUGAUUCUUUUUAACAUAACCAUGUUGAUAACUUCUGUUAUUAGCUGUCUUUGAUUUCUGAUGGGUUUUGUUGCAAUUGUUCGACCUUUUCUACAGGUAGUGGGGAAAUUGUUUAGAAGAACUGAGAUACAGCUGCCCAUUUUCAUGAUUCUAGUCUUUGAAAUUAGAUUUCAGAGACAGUAAAGAUGCAUUUCAUAAUAGGGAGCAAUAGGUGCCACAGAGCUGAACUAUAUAUAUGUAACUAUAGUUCUAAUAAAACUGACGUCAUUUCUUGUUACUGUACGUGUUCUCAUUCAUUCUAGCUGUUAUUAUAUAUGUACCAUCCGGAGAUGCUUUGUGCUUUGAAUUUAAAAUGGAGUGGCUGUUGAAAAUGAACUGUUCACUUGUCUUCUCCAAAGAAGUUGAAAAACUGGGGAUUUUUUUUUUCUUUUUGUGCUUUAAAGGAGAGGAGGCACAGUAGCAGACCUAAUUAUUCUAUUCAGUUAAAAUAUGCUACCUCAGUGCUACCAUUAAACUGCCUGAUCCUAGGUAAGAAAGGAGGGGGAAGGAGCACAAUACAAGAGAUGGAGAUAACAUUCAGAUGACUGAUUUUAUUUUUAUUGCAAAACCAAGCCAAAUGGAUGAUUAUGAAUUUUGCAGUUGUUUUGAUGCACAGUUGUUAAAAUGCUUAAAAAACAAAAAGUGUUUUGUGUGUGUGGUAAAUUUUUAAGACUAGCUAUAAUGUUUGGUAUUACUAAUGCAGGACAAUGUGAUUUACUUGCUCUGAGUGCAGUAGGAUUAGUGUCUGGGGAUUGCAAUGUUCUUAUGACUUCCAUUGUUCUGAUCUGUGGGUCGUGCAUAGCAGAGAAAUGCCUUUUGGAUAGUGACCUUCAGGCUUCUGAAGUUGGCCAUUGUUUGAUAUUCUGCUGUUCUAAAGCCAUCUUUUGUAAAACCUGUACUUGGAAACCUCAAGGCUACGCCAGUAUAAGGAGUACUGAUGGACAAUUGGACCUGAAGUUGAGAUGUCAUCUUUUGUGUGAAUUUAAGCGUUUGAUAAAUAGCGUAAAUAAAUUUUUACAUCUGACAAAGCAAUAAAA